CCUAAUAACAUCAGCCAUCAAAUUUUGCUAUGACGGGAAUCGUAAUUUUGUUGCAUAUCGGUCAUGAAAUCAGGCGCAGUCUUCGGCAAAGUUGAAGCACGUUUAAUAUUGCUAUAAUAUAGAGCAUCUCGUAUAAUCGAAAAAAGUGAGGAUCCCAGCCGCACUGACGCCGCAACGAUUAGCUCAUUCGAAUACGUCAUGCCGUUUCAGUUACGGACGAGUUUACCUCCGAGCACCGAAGAGAUUAAUCGACAAGAGAUUGUCUGGAGUGUUCUCCGCGGGGCUUCAAAUAUAACUUUAACGACGAUGCUAGAGAAGAAAGCCGCAGCGAUAUGCCAUCAUGCACGGAUUGACUCAAUAAUGCAAUGUAAAGUUCUCAAAUCUCUCGAAACGAUCAAAACGUUCAUAAAAAACGAAGAUGAUUUGAACGACGUAAUAGUUCAACGAAAAAUCUGGAACUACUUAAAAACUGUGGAAAUCGAGAUAGGCGACGUAAUGCAUUUGUCGGUCAAACCACUGAUUCUUACCCGCGCACCUCAAACCGUUUCUCACGAGAACAUCGAACUCGAAACUGCUCCUAAUGUGACCGUGUCACUGCAUGAUUUUGAAACGCUGUGUUUUGAAAAUCGUGUACAACUUCAGUAUUACACGAAUACACCGUUUUCCUCAUAUGUCUUUCAGAACAUACUAUUCUCGUUGAGUGCCACCACGUUAGAGUCUCUUCUGGGAAGCGAUAAGUGGCAAGCGCGUCUUGCCACUCUCAUACAUCACACAGGAUUCUCGGAUAUUGUUACGAUUAAGUCGUUUUACGAGGAUACCGUAGAACACAAUGGUGUCGUGUACGAUACGUCGUUCGUGCCUAAAUACGAAGUGCGAAAACUCAAGCCGAUAGCCCGUCUACCGCGAACCACGAACGAUCCCGAGACGCUCAAUUAUCGAGAGAAGAUGGAUCCGCGUAACGUCAAAUCCGUACCGCUCAGUCAUAUCGGUAUAUUUCUUGUGUAUCCUUUCAAAGAUGGAUAUUACGUCCAGCCGGAUGGCACCGUAACACACGUUGGUAUAAUGGAACCGAAGAAAAACAGCAUCCAAUUUAAUGUGACGGAAUUAUGCGACGCGUCGAACGUAGAACAUACGAUUGACGAUGCAGCGCGCACAUUCAAUUAUGACGAUGUACUUGCAUAUGCGAUUCAUUCGGUCUCUCUGAAGGAGCAGGGUCUCGCAUUGUUGAUCAUCCGUCAAAUGAUCGGACCUGUACUCACGCUUGGCGAGUUUAAAAUCUCGUUGCCAACUAUCGAUGAAAUUCUCGCUUGGACCUCGUUUUCGUGCACGUCGAGGAAAAUUCUACUACCCGAACAUUCCAACACACCAACUGUGGCUGUGAGCAACGCUUUGAUACGUGAUAUUGCCAGUUCCUGUGUCUCUAAGCUAGGUGCGGCAUUUAUAUGCUCCUCUUAUAACAUACUUGAGUCGGACUUUCACGCUGUCUAUGGUAAUUUGCGAAACGAUGCCGAACUUUACGUAUUCCUGACACUUCUCAUGCAAGUAUAUCCAACGAAUAUGUACAAAUUACAGCGAGACAGUCUCAAACCCGUGUUUGGCUCUAGUCCUAGGUCACUUGAAAGAUACCAAUCGUCGACACGUGCCUACGUACAAACGACACUAGCUGAUCGUCUCAACUCGUACACCGAACCUCUCAUAACGCCAACAGACGUGGGAACUAGUGUCACAUGUCCACCUUACAAAUGCAUGGAACUCUACGAAUUUAUAGAUCCAAAACUUAACGAAUUAGUCACUACUGGAGACACAGAGCUUACACCUUCGCAAUACGCUAGUUUCAUUUCGUUGCACAUACAGCAGACGAAAAGAGUGUCAAGACGAGAGUAAAUUAUUGUUCUGCUUUUUGAAAUCGUUUGAGUACGAAUCCUGAAAGAACCUUUGAAAAAUGGAACUAAUAUGAAUGGUUAAAUUUUUAUU